AUGCUUUCAUCCAUUCUUCUAGUAGCCACGGCUGCCAUCCCGGCCAUGGCCUCCGCCAUCCAGCGUGACACGGCCAACUGCUUCCCCUACGGCAGCGCGAAGCUGCCUGGCAAUCUCCAGGCCCCCGGCGUGUCGCACGACCAGUGGUGGUGCCCGCAGAGCAUGGCGUACGGCUUCCAGGGCUUCUCUUACCCUCUGGAGAAUGGCGACUGCAAUGCCUGGGAGAAUGGCUACGACGCCAUGGACAAGGACUUUAAGCAGAUGAAGAAGGACUUUGGCGCGACCAUUGUGCGCAUGUACUACCCGGUCUGCACCAAGACGGCUGUGUUUGAGCACGCGCUGGAGGCGGCUUACAACAACAACAUGGCCGUCGUCUUCCAGGUCUGGACCAACUUUGGAGAUGGGGACGUCUGGAGGAAAUCCCAGCAGGCCAUCUACGACGUCCUCAACAACCCCAAGUACAAGGCCAUCGCCCCGUACGUCGUCCACUCCGCCGAGUUUGGCUCCGAGCCCGUCGGCGACGGCAUGGACGGCGACAACUUUGUCAACGACCUCGGCAAAUUCCGCAGCACGCUCAACUCGCACCAGAUCCCCGUCGGCAUCAGCGAGGACUGGGACCGCCCCGGCAAGAUGAGCAGCUCCGACGCCAAGGGCCCGGGCCCGAUCGGCAAGGGCGUCAAGGCCAACUCGGACGUGGCGCACAUCCACCCGAUGCCGUUCUACCACGACUACAAGGGCAGCGUGGACGCGGCCUGGCCGUACAUCCAGAAGCAGACGCAGUGGGUGGUCGACCACGUCGGGCUGCCGACGAUGAUCAGCGAGACGCAGUGGGCGUGGGGCAAGACGGACCACAACCCGGGCAAGGCGGACGUGGGCCCGGCCCAGUACAUCAAGUACUGGAAGAUUAUUGAUGGUAAUUGCGAGUGGUUUAGGGAGCGUAAGGUGGGAUGGUUCUUUCACGCGUGGAGGGGCGAGGACACGUUUGACAUUGUGAAGCCGGAUGGGAGCUAUGCGAUCCCGAACUGGAGGCCGCGCAAGUGUUAG